AUCCGGUCCAGCGUGUCUUUAUUUCCAUAUGUCUAUAUGCACGGCUGACAAUGUACACAACUCCUCUGAACUGAUUCCAGACUUGCGAGAGAGCGGAGAUGGAGUUGGAGAUGGAGAGCUCGCUGGGUUCUCAGCUGAAGCCUGUCGACCAGGAGGUCCAUGACAGGUCAGGCCGAAAGAAAGGAGGAUGGAUCACCCUCCCCUUCAUUGCAGGGAGCAUGCUGGGGCUGGGGUUGGCCAUCAACGGGACGACCAGCAACCUGUUAGUGUACCUGCUCAAGGAGUACAACGUGGAGAGCAUCGACGCGGCCCAGAUCGCCAACAUCGUCCGCGGCUCCCUCAACCUGGUGCCCGUCGCCGGUGCCGUCGUCUCCGACUCCUACUUCGGCUGCUUCCCCGUCAUCCUCGCUGCCACCGCUAUCAACGUCCUGGCAUUUGUUCUGUUCACGCUCACCGCCGCGUUGCCAUCCCUGCGGCCGCCGCAUUGCGCCCCGCAGUCUGCCGCGUGCCCGCAUGGGACUCCUGCGCAGCUCACCGUGCUCUACGCCGCAGUGUGCCUGCUCUCCAUCGGCACGGGUGGGACCCGGUUCAACGUGGCGACCCUGGGCGCGGACCAGUUCGGCAGCGCCCGCGACCAGGACACCUUCUUCAACUGGUACUUCGUCUUCCUCUACGGCUCCUUCAUCGUCGGCGACACGGCCAUCGUCUACCUCCAGGACGGAGUCUCCUGGACCCUCGGCUUCUGCGUCUGCCUCGGCACAUCGGUGGCAAGCCUGGUCAUGCUGGUGCUUGGUGCGCGUUACUACAGGAUGCCCGCGCCCAAGGGAAGCCCGUACACCGAGCUCGCCCGCGUCGUGGUGGCCGCCGUGCGAAAGGCCCGUGUUAGUGUUGCCGGGCGACUGCAAUACUACGUUGGAGAUGGCACCGUCGCAGACUCUGGCAGUGACGGUGCUCCGAGUAAGAGGCUCGGAUUUCUAAACCGUGCCGCAAUGAUCACGGCAAGCGAAGGAACGCCGGACGCAGCAGGAGGCGGCGGCCGUCGCCCUAGCGGCUGGCGACUUUGCACGGUGCAGCAAGUCGAGGACCUCAAAUCCCUCCUCGGCGUCCUGCCGCUCUGGUCGUCGGGCAUACUCAUCAGUGUGUCCAUCGGCGUGAUGAUCGGGAUGGUCAUCCUGCAGGCCCUCGCGAUGAACCGGUCUCUCGGCCCGAGGUUCAACAUCCCGGCCGGGUCCAUUACCGUCUGCUCGCUCACCGCCUUCAUCGCCGCCACGCCGGUCCUCGAGCGCGCGGCGUUCCCGCUCUGGCGCAGGGCCACGGGCGCGCUCCCCACGCCGCUGCAGCGCGUCGGGCUGGGCCACGCCGUGAACGUCGCGGGCAUGGUGGCCGCGGCGCUGGUGGAGCGCCGGCGGCUGGGCAUGGUGCGCGCGCACCGCGGCGGCACCGCCGGUGCGGAGGCGCCCGGGUGGGUGGCGCCCAUGUCCGCGCUGUGGCUGCUCAUCCCGCUCGGCGUCGUGGGCGUCGGCGAGGCCCUGCAUUUCCCGGGGAACAUGGCGUUCUACUACCAGGAAUUCCCCAAGACGCUGCGGAGCACCGCGACAGCCAUGGCGCCGCUCCUGAUCGCGCUGGGGUUCUACCUCAGCACGGUGUUCGUGGACGUGGUGAGGCGGGUCACCGCGUGGCUGCCCGGGGACAUAAACCAGGGAAGGCUAGACAACGUGUACUGGGCACUGGCGGUUACGGCGACGGCCAACUUUGGGUAUUUCCUGGUCUGUGUCAGCCUGUACAAGAGUCGGAAGUGAUCGACGACGGCGAUCAAGGAAAGUGAAGGCUUCAUUUGCUUGGAUCUGUGUCAGUCUGAGCCUGUAGCUUCAUUUGCUUGGACCUUGGAGAAUUGUAUUGCUCAAUUUGAUACUCAUUCGUAUAACGGGCAGUAUAUAUGAAGAAUAAACUCCUAGUGCUUUUGUGCUCGUAGCCAUCUGCAUGUAGGGGUGAACAUUUGGUUAUUACGGAUACUUUGGCUCUGUUUUCUUAUAA